UUACGAAAUUUUUUCCCAAAAUACAAAAUUUUGGGGUUGUUCCCUGCAGAGAACAGCGAACCAAUUUGGGGAUCACGGGUUAGGGAAGCAAACGAGAGGGAGCUUGUUGUGCGCAUCAUCGAGUUGUGUGGAAACUCGACGACAAGGAUCGCUGGAGAAGGGUGCAAUACAUGUCAAUUGGAGGGGGAGAUUAUGCAUCUAGGUCAUGAUCAGCAUAGCUAGUUCUCGAUUGAUCCAUUUCCAGCAACGCUGAUAGCAUCGUAUUUGCACAUGUUUUCACCCUUAUUUUCUGACCAUUUUAGCUUGAAUUUGUUGUUCCUUGGCCUAUUUUACGCGAGGUUGUGUUGUUUGCGUGUAUUUCAGGUCAUAGCAAGUAAAGAGGUGCAUAGGCGCAUGUUUUGGGUCGUUUGGAGGUCGGGUUGCGUUUCAAAGAGAAAAUUAUGGACAGUCCUUGCACAAUUACGGUCGUAAUUGUUCCUGGCAUGCCCGUAAUUUCAAUGCCGAGCCUAAUUUCAAGAAUUCCUGUCGCAGAGUCAAUUACGCGCAAGAGUCACUUUAAUUACAGUCGUAAUUCAGUAAUUACUAGCGGUACUUGGCAAAUUACGACCGUAAAUCCUCUCUUCCGAGUCAAGUGAAACGCGCGUUUUGGGCAAUUACGGGCAGACCAUGAUUACGACCGUAAUUCGACCAGAAUCGGGUUUUUGAGACAGAUUCGAGCCAAAACAGAGGGAAUCGAAUUUUCAGAGCAAAAACAGACCCUAGAGAGAGAAAGUGCGAAGAACACAUCCUAGAAGCGAUUUUGGAGCUGGGUUUCAUCAAAUCGAGCUUGGAGAUCAUCAUAGGAGUGAAAAUCAUCAUCCCAAAGCAGAUUCUUCCCAUUGUUAUGAGUAUGACUACUUUGUAUUCUGUUUUCCUCUCUCUCUAUGGAGUAGAACCCUCUUUCACUUGGGUAUGAAGAACCCUAGUUCCAUGUGUUAGGGGUCAUGAUUGUAAUGACUUGGGAUGAUUAUAAUGUUUGGUUUUAAUCGAAUGAUGCAUGAUUCAUUGAAUUGAUUGAAGUCUGAUAAGCUUUUCUUGAUUUCUGCUGCAACCCGAGAUAGACAGAAUCUGAUUAGGUUGUUAGAGCUUCUUCAUUCGGUAGUAGUAGAUUGGCUAUACGAUUGUUAGUCGGUCUACUGCUUUGUACUGGAAUCCAAUUCCAGUAAUGGAGUUCUGUGCUUAUUGCUUCAGCUUUCUAUCUCGAUGAAGACUAGUCGUCGGCCGGGUAGUUAGACUGAGAGGGCUUGGUCAGCUUAAGAGAUUCCAAGCUACUGUCGGAUCUUCCGCAGUUUAAUCAGCAGUAAAUCAACCAGGGUAAUUACAACUGUGCCACUUUACUGCAUUCCUGGACUGCGAUUACACUUGGUCGCAGUUUGGUGUUGUGUUCUAGCGUGUCAAGUUUAUGGCGCAGUUGCCGGGGAACUUUCUAGAUUAUUAGGAUAGGCAGAAAUUUGUUACUUUAGCGUUUUUUUUUUCCACCCUUGCUUUUCACUUGGGUGUUUUUGUUUUUGUUGGUGCAGAUCUGAAUCAUGGAUCCUCAUGGCUUCUCCAACCAUUGGGGGUAUCCACCACCAUCCGAGUGGUAUUACCCCGAGACUUCCUGGAGCAAUCAAGGAGGAGAAGACUAUGGAUUCGGGUUCCCGUACCAACCCCAUUACUACGGAGAACAAUCAGACCCCUGGGCAUAUCAAGAACAAACUCCUUAUCAAGAAGAAUUUCCCCACUACGGAGAACAAUCCAAACUAUGAAUUGAGGCUUCUCAUGGAGCAGUUAGCUUGAGACACUGAGAGAUCUUGCUCCAAGAUGGAUUUUUGUACCCAGGCCUAUCGUGAAACAGAGGAGAUCCUCCUGAGCAUUAAGAAGAGCCUCGAUGAUCUUGAGAACUCUUAUGCACAGCCUGCUCAAGAUCACCCUUCUGCUACUAUACUAGAAGAAGAGAAGAAAGAUGAAGGUUACGAAGACAUUGUGGAGCAGACAGAAGUUGUCACGGAGAGCUCCCAUGAUGAUCAUGAUCAGGAAUGUCUUAUCGUAGCCGACCACACCUUCCCACAUCCCACACUGAGCUUUGAAGAGGUGGGCAUGAGUGAGGAGAUGCAAGAUGAUCUCAUCAAAGAAAUUGCUUGGCGACUUGCCCUCCAAUCCAUGCUGGAAGAAGAAGAGCAAGAAAGGGUGCAUAAAGAAGUUGUGGAGGAUGACAAAAGUGAAGCAGAAGGAGUUCUUGAUCUUUUCUCAGGGGUGAUACCACAUGAAGAAGGAAGGGGGUUUGAAGAAGCAACUAGAGUCCAGGCCGAGGACGAAGUUGAGUUGGAAGAGGCUUGCACCGGCCAUGACUUACAAGUGCUAUCUCCACCAAACUUCGAGGAAUUGCUUAGCAAGGACCCAUUUGCAGUGUCUCUUUGCCAGACCAAAGCCACAUCGACAUCGGUCCCUCUUGGUGGACGCGAUGGUGGCCAUUCAAUGUUGUCAUAUCUGGUUUGCGGCAAUGAGAUGAGAGAAGAGAAGAAGAGGUCUCGAGGGUGGAGACUUCAUCUGCAUCAAGUGCACAAGCUUCCAUCACCUGUCAUACCACAUGCUCGUGAUUUGAGACUCCACCUCAUCGAUGAGAACCUCAAAUUCAAAGAGGUUUUGGGGUGGACCCAAACUUAGGAGUCAUCGUCCGGCUCACGACCUGAAAGAAGCGCUUGUUGGGAGGCAACCCAACCAGUCGGUUUGCAUUUCUUUCUCUAUUUGUCCUCGGUUGAGUCAGUUUUGUUCUUUGAUUUUAGAGUCAAUAACUCAACCUUUGUGAUAUUUUGUGUGGUGUUUGUGUUCCGACUACGCUCUCGUCCUAGAAUGCACCGCCUACCCCGUCCACCAUCAUUCACCCUUGAUCUGGUAACUUCGUUCUACCUUCCUUAUCUUUCCUCCAUUGAGGACAAUGUCGUGCUUAAGUGUGGGGGGGGGGGUGUUUGAUUAUGUAUGCGUGUGAAUGUUUGGCUGUAUGUGUGUGCUUGGAGCCUAGUCCACUGUCCAAAUCUUGAGAUUUGAUGGCUCCAAGUACUGCUGUUUGCUUGAUCGUAUAGGCACUGUGGUUUAUUGAUGAACCGAAUGGCUGUUAGAAUUGAUGAAUGAUAACUGGAUUGUGACUAAGAAAACCUAUAAUGAUGACUGAGACAUGCAGUAGAAUUGUGUAGGGGUUCAGUUUUUCAACUGUUUGCUUACCAACUGUGACUUGGAUUUAUGACUUGCUCUUGACAGUCGUUUAUGCAUCUAGUUCAGGGAAUCAGAAUGAGAGAUAGAGCAUAUAGGUAGCUAUGUGACAUUUGAGCUUGCUCGUUUCUUUCUUGUGCGAUAGAUCCCUCUUCCAUGAUGUGUAGCAUUCACGUUGUCAUUAGCUAAGAUGAUGGAGGCAUAGGAUUAGCGCACGACCAAAUUGACUGCCCUGGUGUGUCAUACCCCCUAGUCAGCCCUUUGAGCCGUGUCACAUCCUUUCUUUCGGUCUACAAUGAAAAAUCACCCUUUUGCAUCUCUUAGAAGGUUCCACAGAGUGGUUUUUACAUGUUCUCUGUUGUUCUGCUAAUUGUAAUGUGAGAGUCAGAGGUAGUUCUUAAAAGGUUGGGCAACUGUGUUUGAAAAAUGUGCAUAGGUGGUGGUUCUCUCAAGAAAUGAAAAAAAAAAUUGAAUGAAAGCAAAAGAGAGCCACCACCACAAAAAUCUGGAUAAUGCCCAUUAAGUAGUGUUUCUUAGCAGUCUGGCUUGGAAACACUAACAUUUAUGUGACCUCCUUCGCCCUUGUGCUCUAGAGAAUUUGAGUAAUCCAUAAUAGCAGAAAGAAAGUUAUUGGUUUGAUUGACUGAUAGUUUGUUGGGUUUGGAAAUGUGGAACCUUGUGCUAUGAAUACUUCCACCACCUAAAAGUCCUUUUCCCCAUGUCCUAGACCCUAGCCAGUCAUUUGAACCUGUGUCUAAGACGUCCGGAUUAGUUAGUGAUGACACCCAUUUUUGUGAGCUCUAACACUUAGAGGCUGCCGUCAUGGUGAAGAGAUGUUAGGGAUUGAGGGAACAAAUAUGCGCAUUUUUCGCAUCAAAUUGUCCUCACCCCACUGGUCGAGAGUGAGCGAUUCAUUUCCUUGUUCUUUACACUCUUUACCCCGGUGAGGACCUAGAUGGCUCGGUCUUGAUUCUGAUGUCUUGAGUUUUAUGCAUGAGUUGACUGUUUUGAAUAAUUGGUUGAGUCAAGUCUAGGUUGGAUGGUGAACAGAAGGGAAACUCCUCCUUUACUCGAUUUUGCUGCACUCGAAUGUCCUCUGUGGUGGUUGUCCAGGUUGCGGUUGAAGUUGUUAAGGUGUUGAUGUUUGAAAGCCAGUAUGAUUCCCAUGUCUCGUUCCUAUGUGAUAUGUCCCCAAGGGGUUGCAUGAUUGAGAUAUUUCGAGCUUAACUUGUAUCUGACUUGGUUUGCUUGGGGACAAGCAAACAUUUAAGUGUGAGGGAAUUUGAUAACAUCAUAUUUGCACAUAUUUUCACCCUUGUUUCCUGACCAUUUUAGCACGAAUUUGUUGUUCCUUGGCCUAUUUUACGCGAGGUUGUGUUGUUUUGGCAUAUUUCAGGUCCUAGCAAGUAAAGAGGUGCAUAGGCGCAAGUUUCGGGUCAUUUGGAGGUCGGGUUGCGUUUCAAAGAGAAAAUUACGAGCAGCCCCUGCAUAAUUACGAUCGUAAUUGUUCCUGGCAUGCUCGUAAUUUCAAUGUCGAGCCUAAUUUUCAGAAUUCCUGUCGCAGAGUCAAUUACGGGCAAGAGUCACUUUAAUUACGAUCGUAAUUCAGUAAUUACUGGCGGUACUUGGCAAAUUACGAUCGUAAAUCCUCUCUUCCGAGUCAAGUGAAACGCGCGUUUUGGGCAAUUACGGGCAUACCAUGAUUACGACCGUAAUUCUGACGUAAUUCGCCCAGAAUCGGGUUUUUGAGGCAGAUUCGAGCCAUAACAGAGGGAAUCGACUUUUCAGAGCAAAAAAAAAAGCCCUAGGGAGAGAAAGUGCGAAGAACACAUCCUAGAAGCGAUCUUGGAGUUGGGUUUCAUCAAAUCGAGCUUGGAGAUCAUCAUAGGAGUGAAAAUCAUCAUCCCAAAGCAGAUUCUUCCCAUUGUUAUGAGUAUGAUUGCUUUGUAUUCUGUUUUCCUCUCUCUCUCUAUGGAGUAGAACCCUCUUUCACUUGGGUAUGAAGAACCCUAGUUCCAUGUGUUAGGGAUCAUGAUUGUAAUGACUUGGGAUGAUUAUACUGUUUGGUUUUAAUCGAAUGAUGCAUGAUUCAUUGAAUUGAUUGAAGUCUGAUAAGCUUUUCUUGAUUUCUGCUGCAGCCUGAGAUAGACAGAAUCUGAUUAGGUUGUUAGAGCUUCUUCAUUCAGUAGUAGUAGAUUGGCUAUACGAGAGUUAGUCAGUCUACUGCUUUGUACUGAAAUCCAAUUCCAGUAAUGGAGUUCUGUCCUUAUUGCUUCAGCUUUCUAUCCCGAUGAAGACUAGUCGUCUGCCGGGUAGUUAGACUGAAAGGGCUUGGUCAGCUUAAGAGAUUCCAAGCUACUGUCGGAUCUUCCGCAGUUUAAUCAGCAGUAAAUCAACCCAGGGUAAUUACAACUGAGACCUAACUAAGGAGCUAGGGGACUCAUUCCCGAGUGACUCUUCCUUUGCUUUAGAAAACCGAUUCAUUUCCUGCUUUCUUACUGCUUUUAGUUAAAACAACAAUCAAUCGACUUAGUUUGCUAGAUUACAGAUAAACGCGGAGUAGGCAGUAGAUCUAGACCCCGGGUUGAUAAUUAGAACUUGCCACAUUACUGCAUUCCUGGACUACGAUUACACUUGGUCGCAGUUUGGUUUUGUGUCGUAGCGUGUCAAACGCGGAUCGCUGUUCUAUAUGGAAAACAGUCGUUGGUCUCUUGUGUUGAUGCCAAGCUAAAAUAGCCUACCUCAAACUUUGUAGAGUCCAUAGAGUGUUGACCUUUGGAUUGUCGAUGGAUUCCAGCUCUCGAGAUGAACACCUGCAAACAAGGACUCGUCGGUUGUUGUCGGUUGGGGCCUUCUCCAAAGCUCAAGUCAGUGCUUGGGAAUAUCAAGCAACGUAUUGAGCCGACUCUAUAGAUGAAGAGAGAAAAAUUUUGUGGUUGGAAAUAGCCCAUUUACCAAGAAAUAGUUCAUCGGGAAUUCCCUUUUCCCAUCUAUUUAUGAGAAAGUGUGUUCUCUGAAUUUGAGACGGGAUGCCAAGAAAGCAUAAUGAGCAUCCUAUAUAUAGGUAGCUCCUUCUCCUGAUUGGAUGGCAUAUUCUUUAUUGGUUGUGAAUAAAAAAUAAUAAUUAAAUGAAUUAAUGAAUUAAACAAAGGUUA